AUGGCUGAUCAACUCACCACUGACCAACUUUUAGAAUAUUUUGAAACUUUCACCUUGUUUGAUAGGAAUCAAGAUGGACUUAUUACAAUAGAUGAACUCGAAAAUUUUAUGCAAUCUCUUGGAGUAAAUCUGUCGAAGAAAGAGCUUUUGGAAAUGAUGAAAGAAGGUGAUGUUAAUGGUGACGGAGCUAUUGACUUCAAAGAAUUUAUCAAUAUGGUAGUUAAUAGCGUCAAUGUUGCUGAGGAUAAGGUUAAGCUCUUGAACAUUUUUCGUCUAUUCGACAAAGAUAAGAAUGGCUUUAUCACAAAGUCAGAAUUACGUCAAGUGUUAACGGCUCUAGGUGAAAAAUUGCAAGAAGACCAACUUGAAGAAAUGAUUCGAAACAUUGACAAGGACUGUGAUGGGCGCAUAAAUUACGAUGAAUUCACCAAGAUAAUGUUUCCGUGA